ACUUCUUACACGUACAGAAAACGUGCUAUCAUCAAUUCUGAAGUUGGUUCGCUAAUAACCACUAUUAUAAACCAAUCGGCAGGAAAUGGAAUUCGAAUAAAUGGCCGUAACACCAUAGGGGACAACUGACUCUUGGAGCUUCAACGCUAAAAAACUUUUCAUUAUCGCAUACAUUUUUUGGUUCCUGUGAAGACCGAGGAGUUUCCUAAUAAUAAGCCAGGCGUUGUUGAGCCGUGACGUGACUCGCGUUUGAUCAUGUCUUCGAAGGGAGUAGUUGCAUGAAACUGCUACUGCUAACUUCAGGCGGAUGCUGAUACUCUGAUAUCAAUUUAUUCAUCCGGUUGUUGCAUUAUCGAAGGAUUGUCGUCUUCGUUUGGGAAGUAACCAUUCCAAGCCCACCCCACUCGGGAAAUUUCCUUGAUCAAAUGUGACUAAUGACUUACGUGAACUGUUACAUUGUAUCUCUGUAUGUUACUGUUAUGCGCGAUUGAUGUUUCAGAUCGUGUAAUUGUGGGUAGUGAGUCUUAUUGGGCUCAUUACAAUAAUCUGAAUUUGUCUUUAUAGUGGAAUGAGCUAGCUGCCCAAAUUCUGCCUGAUAGCCACUUUGACGUUAUUUGGUAUUUUGUAUUUUGUGUUGGAGAACACUGACGAAAAUCAUUGAAAAUGUCUUCAUUCUUUAAUUUUCGUAAAAUCUUCAAAUUGGGGUCAGAUAAGAAAAAGAAACAGUAUGAACAUGUGCACAGAGACGAGAACCCUGAGGAAAUCUGGGAGAUUAUUGGGGAACUGGGAGAUGGGGCCUUUGGGAAAGUGUACAAGGCCCAAAACAAGCAUACUGGAAUCAUGGCUGCUGCCAAGGUGAUUGACACAAAGACAGAAGAGGAACUGGAGGAUUACAUGGUGGAGAUUGACAUUCUGGCUUCCUGCGAUCACCAUUACAUAGUCAAACUGCUGGAUGCCUUUUAUUAUGAAAGCAAACUGUGGAUUCUGAUUGAGUUCUGUGCAGGAGGGGCAGUCGAUGCAGUUAUGUUGGAGCUGGAGAGGCCGCUGACAGAGCCUCAGAUCCAGGUGGUGUGCAGGCAGACAUUAGAGGCCCUGGCCUACCUCCAUGAGAUGAAGGUCAUCCACAGAGACCUAAAAGCUGGGAACAUCCUACUUUCACAGGAGGGAGACAUCAAACUUGCUGACUUUGGUGUAUCGGCUAAGAAUACCAAUACUUUACAGAGAAGAGAUUCUUUCAUUGGUACUCCAUAUUGGAUGGCCCCGGAGGUGGUGAUGUGUGAGACGUCGAAGGACCGUCCGUACGACUACAAAGCUGACAUUUGGUCUCUGGGGGUCACACUUAUUGAGCUGGCUCAGAUCGAACCUCCCAACCACGAGAUGAACCCCAUGAGAGUCCUGCUGAAAAUUGCCAAGGCCGAUCCACCCACUCUAAUGCAGCCUUCACGCUGGUCAUUAGAAUUCAGUGACUUUCUGAGGAAGGCGCUGGAUAAGAAUGUGGACCGUAGGUGGGGCACAGUUCAGCUCUUACAGCAUCCAUUUGUUAGCAAUGUGGUUGACAACAAACCUCUGAGAGAAUUGAUCGCUGAAGCAAAUGCAGAAGUCUUAGAGGAGAUUGAAGAAGGCAAAGAGGAAGAGGAAGAAGAAGAGAUGGAUGCAACUCUGCUGGUGCCUGAACAUCAGCGAGCACCGUCCGAUGUCAGCAUGGCCAGCUCUGACGAUGAGACCCUCUCACAGACCACCUCAACGCUGGACUCAGUCACAGAGAAGACCGAGCCUGAGACUGCAGAGGACAAGGCUGGCAAGACUGCCGAUAAGGAGUCUGAUGAGGUCCUGGGGUCCAGCGAGGGGGACAGGGUUGCGGCUGAGAAACUGAGUGAGAUUUCUGAUGCCAGUGAAGAGGAAUUAACCAUUGGACAGGUGGUGCCAACGGAGCCCACACCUGAGCAAAGCCUUGCAGGACACCCUGAGAAGAUUCCUGAUUCACAGGAGACUGUGUUCGUCAGUGAAGAGACCGGGGAAGAGGAGAAAGCGCUGGACGGGACUCAACAAGGAGUCUCGCAGGGGAAAGGAGAAGUACAGGAGGAGCAGAAAGAAGAGGAGGUGGACAAAGACACAAUUACACGAGAAUUAGAAGUCAUUCACCAGCCCCCCGUUGAAUUCACAGAUUUACUGGACCGACCUGAAUGUCCUUCAGAUGAACCUGGCUCUGUAUUGACAGAGAUCAAUGCUAAACCAGAAGAGAAGGAGACUGAAAGGGAAGCACUCACAGAUGAGAUGACCAAAGAGGUUCAAACAGACACUAAUGGUGCUGCCAAUAUAACCACAGAUGCCAGUGCUAAUGGAGACAAAGACAGAAAGACGGAAUUACAUUUCAACACAGCUUCUAAGGACGAUGCAGAUGAGGGCAACACAGAGGUGCCUAUAGAUACUGAAACCCAGAGCGAAGAGCCCAGUGAGGAGCCCCAGGAGAACACCACCGAGACCUUAAAGGAGGAAAUACAGCAGCCACUGCCCGAUUCAGACAAAGAAAAGUCAACCCAACCACAAGAACCUGAGUCAAUAAAUGGACCAGGUGAGGAAAAUAACGUGAACCCUGUGGUGAUUGAGGGGGGAGUGACAGAGGAAAGGGAGAAGAAUACUCCAGAUGAGGAAGCUUCACCCGAAGAAGAUAACUCUGUUCCUGAGAGUGAAAUGGAAUCAAAAACUGACCAGGAAAGCACUCCUGUGUCAAAGCAAGAUGUGGGGAAAGACUCUGACUCUGGAAGCAGUUCUGCAGCCGAUAACAACAGUAUGGACCUCAACCUGUCCAUUUCGAGUUUCCUUUCCAGAAAGGCAGAGGCCGGAUCUAUGUCCAUACAGGACACAAGACGACAGAAGAAGACUCUUAAGAAGACUCGUAAGUUCAUGGUGGACGGAGUGGAGGUCAGUGUGACCACGUCAAAGAUAGUCACCGAUAACGACACCAAGAGUGAGGAGAUGAGAUUCCUGAGGCGCCAGGAGCUGCGAGAGCUGCGUCUCCUGCAGAAGGAGGAGCAGAGAGCCCAUCAGGAGCUCAGCAACAAGCUGCAGCAGCAGAGAGAACAGAUCUACCGCCGCUUCGAGCAAGAGAUGAGCGGUAAGAAGCGUCAGUACGACCAGGAGGUGGAGAACCUGGAGAAGAAACAGAAGCAGACCAUUGAACGUCUGGAGCAGGACCACACCAACCGGCUGAGGGAUGAGGCCAAACGCAUCAAAGCAGAGCAGGACAAGGAGCUCUCCAAGUUCCAGAACAUGCUCAAGAACCGCAAGAAGGAGGUGAAACAGGAAGUUGAACAGUCACCCAAAUUCAUGAGGAGAGAACUCUUGAAACGCUUAAAGGAAGACCUUUCUCUCAUUCAGACUGCAGAGGAACAAGAGUUUUUACAGAAACAGCAGCAGGAACUGGAUGGAGCCCUGAAAAAGAUCAUCCAGCAACACAAACAUGAGAUUGCCACCAUCGAGAAAGACUGCCUCAACCACAAACAACAGCUCAUGAGAGCUCGAGAGGCAGCCAUGUGGGAGCUGGAGGAGCGCCACCUGCAGGAGAAGCACCAGCUGCUCAAGCAGCAGCUCAAAGACCAGUACUUCAUGCAGAGACACCAGCUCCUCAAGAGGCAUGAGAAGGAAAUGGAGCAGAUGCAGCGUUACAACCAGCGUCUGAUCGAGGACAUGAAGAGCAGGCAGGCCCAGGAGAGAGGGCGACUGCCUAAGAUCCAGCGAGGCGAGGCCAAGACACGAAUGGCCAUGUUCAAGAAAAGCCUCCGCAUUACCUGUGCGCCUGGCACCCCAGAGCAGGAGAGGGAGAAGAUCAAACAGUUUGCUGCCCAGGAAGAAAAAAGGCAGAAGAAUGAGAGACUCCAUCAGCACCAGAAACACGAGAACCAGAUGAGGGACCUGCAGCUACAGUGUGACUCCAACAUCAGAGAGCUGCAGCAGCUUCAGAAUGAGAAGUGCCAUAUCCUGAUUGAACAUGAGACUCAGAAGCUGAAGGAGCUAGAUGAAGAGCACAGCCAGGAGUUAAAGGAGUGGAGAGAAAAACUUCGGCCCAGGAAGAAGGCCUUGGAGGAGGAAUUCACGCGCAAGCUUCAGGAGCAGGAAGUGUUUUUCAAGAUGAGCGGGGAGUCUGAGUGCCUUAACCCCACGACCCAAAGCAGAGUGUCCAAGUUCUACUCAAUCCCUAGUGUGCACAACUCUGGCUCAUAGUCUUCCUCAGUGCAGCGCUUUCUCUCAGGAACAAGAACAGACUGUGCUCAUACAUUGUGUACCCCCUGGUGGGUGGUGGGGGGGACCUCCUCUUUUGCUGUUAUCUACUGGAGACUAGCGUUGAUUUACUGUGGCACUUGGCCGAAUGUAAUGGCUUCACACAAGCCUGCACACAUAGACAACUACAAAAUGAUCGUUACCCUUGAUAAAGAUCAGGGGGAAAAUGCUGUAUAAAAAAAACGUGCGAUGAGUUAUUGACAUUUCCCAACAUAAGAUGUACUGCACUUCAAUGAUCAUUCAAAAUAAUCAACAUCUGUGAAUCUAAUUAUACAAUUAUUUACUGCAAAAUUAAGUCUACAAAUUAUUGGCACACUUGUUUUCAGUCCUGUAUGCACUUUCCGCUUGCACUGAGCCUUUUCCUAUAUAUAUUAUUUUAAGAAUUAAUUUGAAGGGAUCUCUUACUAAAUCGUCCUCUGUAACUGUCCAACUGGGGCCAAUGUAGAUUGUUCUUUGCCUCCCAAGGCUUCUGUGAGCAGGUUGAAAAGCCACUUGCAUCGUCUACAAGGCAGGUAUACCACUUUUUACCUGGUUUUUAAUCUGUUAAUUAUUGUUUUUAGCAUUGUUUUUGUACCAAUUACCUGAUUAAUGAAGGUAAAUAACAAUUUCUCUCUUUUCAUUUGUGUCCUCAUUUUUAUACUGCAGUGUUUGGAAGGCCACGAUACAGUUCUUUAAGACUAAAAUGUCCUUAAAAAUGCAUUGUUAAUGCACUCCCUUGGGGUGAUAAUUGUAAAGACCCCUAUCCUUUUGAGAAAAGUUAUUUCUUCUGAGAAAUUGUAUUAGUAAAAAAUGUAUUAUGCUCAUAUUUAUCAGCGUAAAAUAUAGCCUAUUUCCUCUGUUUAUUUUAUACAGCUUAUAACAGGUGGUGACUGCAGCCAUACAAGCUCGCCUACACAGUACUGUCAGCUCUUAUAUAAUAAUGGCAUUAAUUUGGAGUAAGAAACCAUUCACUCCUUAAACGGCUUUAUAGAAAAUGCCAUGGAAUAGUAUGUAGUCCUGAGGAGGAUGACCUGGCCAAUCAACCGUCUAGAUAAGGCAGUUUCUCUGUGGUAAAAGUUUCAUUAUUUUGUCUCUGCACAGUUGUUGGACAUUUAAAAGCUGAUCACUUAGAACAGCUAAAUGCUGAACAUUGUGCCUCCAGUGUGAAUAAUUAGGUUAUACCCAAUAUUACUGCAGCUAUGUGUUUUCUUUUUUGUAACUGAUUUGUAUGUAUUUUAUGUAGUUCAAUCCCAAUAUGCACCGUUUUAAAAUAACUACUGGUGAGACAACAUUGCUUUGGUGUUGACAAAAAGAAUGAUUAGUUAUACUAGUUAGCUAACAGGCUGAUAACUUCGAACACUAGCUAGGCUAUGUGUACAGAAGUAACUGAAAACUGAGAGAUCUGCAUGACUAGCUACUUAAAGAGAUUACAUACUGUGUGUCCACAUAUUUCCCUACUGCUUCAAGAAAAAAAUCACAAAAAUGUAAUGAAAACAUCCAAACUUUUUGCUAAUCUUGCCUGUUCCAAAUGCUGUAGGCUAGGUUUCGGGUUACAGGUUUGAGAACAUAAAAAAAAAUAUGCUUUGGUUCUGAAAAGUAAUUUAAACAUGGUCUGUGUGUGUGUGUAUGUAUGUGUCUUAAUGUGAAAGAGGAUGUUUGUGAGAGCAGUUUGUGAACAUGUAGAAUGGAGAGGCUUGUGUGUAAUGUUAUUUUAACAGUUGCCUGCUGCUCCAUGAAAUUCCAUCAAACCUUUACAUUACAUAAUGCAUAUAAGAUGGUGCUAACAUAAAUUAAUUCUUAGGCUGUUAAUGGGUAGCUAUAAAUCAAAGGAAUGUGGAUUUUCAGAGAGAAAAAAAUUGCUUAUUCAAGGUAUGAAUGUAUAGAGUUGUAUUUUAUUUAAAGAUAAUGUGCUAUUGAAUUAUUGAAUCAAUCAAUUAUAACAAACAUUUCUGUAUAUUUGAACAAAUAUGGCCUCUUUCCAUACUGUAGAUCUAAAUCACUAGAUGUUGUUUUGGGUAGACUCAUAGGUUUGGUCUUUACAUCAACUACCUUUUCUGUUAAAUAUCAACCCUGCUUAUAGGCUAUGGCUUUACUUUGAACAGAGUGGCUAGUAUGUUACUCUGAUUCUGGCACACAUAUAGCAAAAAUUAUUUAGCAUUUAUACAGGCAGCCCAAUUCAGAUAUUGUUUAUACUAAUUAGUCUCUCGACCAAUCAGGUCAGCUCUGAAAAAGAAAAAACAGUGAAAAGAGCUGGAGUGAUUGGUAGAAAUCAGUUGAAGAAAACCCAACAGAUUUUGGUUGUCUGUUUCAACGCAGCCAUGCAUACUUAUACUGAAACAAUAUAUGCAGUUGAUCAUACUACAGUAUUUAUGUGAUCUUAGAAUAUAAAGUAAUGGACUGUAUCUUACAGUUAGAAAGAUAAUUAUUUUGUACUUAGAUUAUUUCUUUCAAGCAAUGGUUUGCCAUUCCUUUUCCCAAAUCUGGACUGAAUCAGUGGCACUUUGCAUGUUUUUGUAUACUUUUAUUUUCAGUUCAAAAUUUUAUCUGUAAUACUAUUUUAUUAAUACCAGUUUUUUUUUAAAUAUGUAUACAUGUUGUAUCAAUGUACAUGUCAUUGUAAUCUUUUGACAUUGUUUGUGGUUAAACAAUACAUGAUACGUGAUAUCUGUAAAAUGUCCAAACAAAACAGAUGGCUGGGUGAAUGCUGUUUUAUCACAAUAACAUAACAUCUAGAAUGCUGGAUUUUCAUUGGGAUAGUGGGAAAUGUAGUUUAAGACGCCAUCCCGUUUUUUAAUGUUUAUUUUUAUGGAGGAGUAACUUUUUUGAACAUCUACAUGCACAAAAGGAUUACAAGUUACUGGAUAAUGCAGUGGGGGAUUGAAAUAGUGUUUCAUGAGCUUGUUGCAUUUUGAUGUGAGACGUCAACAUUCUGAGUAAUUAUAUGCAUUGUAUAGGUCAGGUAUAUAUGAAGUCUUUGUUAAUAAACGUAAUGUGCUGUACAUAAAA